AUUAUCACCAUCGUGUUUUAGGGUUUAGAAUUUGCAUCGAGAGGAGUAUUGAGUUGUUCGGAUCAAAAGAUGUCGAUCUUCGAGUACAACGGAAGUGCCCUAGUUGCUAUGGUGGGCAAGAACUGCUUCGCCAUUGCCAGCGAUCGAAGACUCGGCGUUCAGCUUCAGACCAUAGCCACUGAUUUCCAAAGAAUUUCUAAGAUUCACGAUAAGCUCUUCAUUGGUCUCUCUGGCCUCGCCACCGAUGCUCAGACACUGUAUCAGCGUCUCGUUUUUCGGCACAAACUGUAUCAGCUUCGUGAAGAGAGGGAUAUGAAACCAGAGACCUUUGCUAGCUUAGUGUCUGCUCUUCUGUAUGAGAAAAGGUUUGGUCCAUACUUUUGCCAGCCUGUAAUUGCUGGAUUAGGGGAUGAAGACAAACCAUUCAUUUGCACAAUGGAUGCAAUUGGAGCAAAGGAGCUUGCAAAAGAUUUUGUUGUUGCUGGCAGUGCAUCUGAGUCUCUAUAUGGUGCUUGCGAGUCGAUGUUUAAGCCUGACAUGGAAUCAGAGGAAUUGUUUGAGACCAUCUCCCAAGCACUGCUAUCAUCUGUAGAUCGUGAUUGUUUAAGUGGUUGGGGUGGGCAUGUCUAUGUUGUCACGCCAACCGAAGUAAAGGAAAGGAUUUUGAAGGGACGGAUGGAUUAACUUUUAAGCCACCUGUCAUCCAUUUCCCAUCACUUCGUUUUCUGUUUAGUGCGGAGCUGAAUAGCUAGCAGAUCAUUUGCCAAGCAUUGUUAAUGGGUUCCUUGUUAUUGUGGCACUUUAACUGUACCCUGAAAAUUAUAUUCAAACAGUUUACUAUUUGUAUAUUUAGUUUAUCGGUGAAAGAGGAUUCUGUAGUCUGGCAUGUUGUGAAUUAAAUUAUGAGUGAUCUGUUGGAUGUUUUUAGUCGAGAUUGGUGGCAUGCAAAGCUCAAGAAAGAUACAACAAAAAUUGUCCCCAAAUCCAAUUU